CAGGGAAGGACGAACCGCGUGGGUGGAAUCGCUGUUUGCCAGGUACCGGUACUGGUAGCUACAUAGAGCACCUACUUUCUUAGGGACUCCUGUAAACGCCGAGUUGCACGGCCGACAUGCGGCUUGGUGCUUGGUGCUUUGCUGCCUGCUGCUGGGGCUGGAUGGAUAGCUGGAUGGCUGGACGGCUGCAUGCGAUCAUGGGGCGAAGUCGAAGUUCUCCCACAACAGCGCUCCCAUUGGCCGGCGCCCACUGCUUGGCGAGUUAUCGGUGUUGGAGUCUGGAGAUACCGUGUGUGGGUGGGUGUGGGUGGGUGUGGGUGUGCACGCGCUGGAACGAAACUGCGGCAGCAAGCGCUGGUACCUAUUCGCACGCUCGAAGACAGGCCUACCUCCUAUGCGUCCUCCUCCUCCUCCUCCGUGAUAUUAUGGUACCUAUGCGAUGCGAUGGCUGGUUAUAAAGCGGGUUUCCCCUUCGUUCCCCCCGGAUAAGGAGAGAAUCGCAUUCGAAACCCCCUCCACAUAAAUAAUCAUCGUGUAUCACCAUUACGAGACACUCGCAAAAAGAAG